AAUUUUAUUGGACAAUGAAUUAUACAUUGUCCACUGGUUAUGUUGUAAUCUAGUUUUAUCAUUACGUUAUAAAGUGAACUCCAAUUUUAUCAGUGCGAUAUUUUCAGUGCGGUUAAUGUUAAACUGCGCUUUACGAAUUGUUAAUAGACUUCUCAAGUACUAAACACGGUAAUCUCACCAAAGUUUCAAGCAGCUGACUUUUAGAAAAUGUAGGAAGUGCUUUAGAUAUUGAGGUUUGUUGUUGUUGAAUUUGUUCACUGUUUCACAAGUUUCAGACUUAAACUGGUCUUGGAAUUUGAAUUUAGGUAAUCGAAUGCAAAGGCAAUAAGAGAUGAAAACUCACAAAGAAGUAUUGGAUAUUGUUAAAACUGGUAUUCAUGAAUUUAUUGAAAUAGCUGUGAAGCAGCAACAUGAGCAGUUGUUAGCUAGACUUCCUGACAGCACCAGUUCAGGGUUUACCAGGCUCGAACCAUGCUUCGAAUGCAACAGAGAUAAUCUAAAACCAAGACAUUCCGAAAAUGCAUGUCCGUCACUAAAUUAUUGUUUUUGCAAAAAUAAACGGAAAGAGAAAAGAGCUUGUCCAAACAGAACAUGUGAUUAUAUAUACGAGGGCAUUAUAGAGGAUCAUGUGAAGUAUUCACCAAAUCUAAAAACUACAGAUAUUAGCCAAUGGACUCAAAACUACUGGGAUAUUGCUAAAUGUUAUAUGGAGCACAGUUCCCAGUCGGCGGAAAGCACAGAUAUACUGGACCUUCUCCAUCUUAUUUCAAAUAACAGAUUUGUAAUACAGAAACUGCUUUCAAAUGAAACAGUAGAAUCAGCGAAAACUCAGAAAGAACGGUUAUCCGAAGUCCGAAAUAUCUUAGACAAGGCCAUCAAAAUAUGUCGAAGACUCAAACGAACGGCAGGGAAAUGUUCAUCGGACGAUUUGAAAAACAUCUGCACCAUUCUUUCAAAAAUAGGCGACCAAAAUUCUUCAAAGGCAGUGCAAAAUCUACAUACGAUAGCGCUGGACAUUGACAUUGAGCGGAAGGAGAGUCUUUCAACGUCAGAGAUGAGAGAUGCUGUUGAUAAACACUUCAAAAGCGCUGAAAAUGCACUAAGCUGCAGACAAACGGAUGCCACCGAAGACGCCUUGAAAUUGACAUCUCUGCAACUGUUGUUUAAACAAAAACUACUUGUCGCAGAAACGGUUCAAUCUUUUGAAGAUGGGCAGUUUGUUGAAAGCAGUAUUGUCGAUAUACUUUUCGGUAGUACAAAACACCAAACCAUAUUUGUAAGUACAGAAAAUGAAGACCAGAGAUCAACCCAUUGGAGUGAAAAAGAAUGGUUUAUUUACAACGUUCUUAAAUAUCAUUUCAAUGCAAAAAGCGAACAAGAGAAAGAUCCAGAUUUGUAUGCGAAUUUGAAAGAAGGAUGUGGAUACUCUGACAUUAUUGUUGUUUCCAAGUCAGUGUCAGACAGGAUGGCUGUGCCAUACAAAACAUUUUGUGAAGGCGUACUAAACGAUAUACUCCCAUCACACAAAAAUUGUCUAGUUAUUUUAGACUUCUGCGACGCAGAAGUCAAAGGAGUAUUUAAAUGUGCAAAAAAAGCGCUUCAAAGACACACUGUUGUUAAACUGAUUCAAAGUAGGGACAUUCACAGUCUGAAAAGCAAAAGACAAUUAAGUACGACAUACGUGAAGGCCGAACCAGUACAUGAACUCACUAUAAGAAAUGUAUGUGAAGAUUCGAAACUUGGAAAAGAAACUGCAGGUAUAAUACAGCAAAUUCUGUUCAAAACCAUGAGGAAAAUAGGAGACAAAAAUAUUUCUUCACUUACGUUUGAAAACAUUCGUUUUGACGACAUUUCAACAAAAGUCAAGCUCUCCAGCAUUUCCCAACUAACAUCUCUAAAAUUGAUAGGAUGCGCCUUUACACCAGUGAACUGCAAAUACCUAAAAUCGAUAGAUAUAAUUUCCGAUGAGGCAACAAUAUCUUACUUUUUAGAUCAGGUGAAAUUGAUCCUAUAUCCAGCGAUACAAACAUGUCUUGGCCUGCAGAACAUAACAACAUCAGAAAUAAAACUUGGUGACAAAUCGUUUUGCAUUAAGUUGAGUACAACGGCAUUAGAAAGUGGUGCUGAAACGUACUUUGGAGUAACAUUGAGGAGUUGUAGUAGAGAAAAUGUUUUGGAACUGCUUGAUAUUGAAACGGCGAAAAUACUAAUGGCAGCAGGCUGUGAUAUUGGCGACUUCGAACUGGCUAAAGGAAGAGAAAAAACAAUUAUUCUUAACAGUAUUAAAUUUGGUCUGCUUGAGUCGGACCCGAAUUUUGUACAUGUGUACCCGGCAGAAUGCCAUCUUAAAACCAGAAAGUCAACAAAUAUUGUCUUUGUAUGUUUCAUGAAAGAAAACUUUGACAUCGGCAACGAAUGUGCGUUUAGGCAAUUCCGUGGCUUCGACACUUUCCUGAGGAGUUACAACAGAGUAUCCUCAGAAUCAUUCCUUGCCGAAUCAGCAGCUUUAGAGGUCGGAGGCGCCAACGAAGUUAUUACGGAACAGAUAAAGAAAGAUAUUGAAGAGACGGUAGCUUUAAAUUCCAUGGCGCUUAUGAACAAGCAUAGUAAUUUAGAGGUUGUUGGUGUUAGUCUGGGAAAAGCUAGGGAUAAUACGCUCGAUUUAUGUGAUGGUCCAUACAUAGUUUUAUAUGUACGACUUAGAGGAUUUGUUCCGCAUGGUGAAAAUCUGUUUCCUACGAAAUUAACACAUCCUCUAAAUCAGACAGUGGAGUUUAAGACAGAUGUUAGAGAAGGCUAUUAUAUACCUUUAGCAGAUAAUAGAGUUGAGUAUCUUCACCCAGAAAUGAAGGUACCAAACUUAGUGAUGGGAUGCAGUAUUGGUUUUCCAAAUAACGAUUAUGCUGCAACAAUCGGACCUUUCGUUGAAAUUGAAUCGGGCAAUGAUGACGCAAAAAUGAAAGAAACAGGAUUUAUAACCGCUUGCCAUCUUUUUAACACGCCGAAGAAUGAACAAUCCGUGAUAGGUACACAAGUAGUUCAACCAUCUGAUGGUGAUGAACCGGUUGUUGACGUCUCAACUGGAAAAUUUGAAUUGGGUAUUUCCAGUGACAAAGUUUGCGGAGAAGUUGUUGCAUGUACAUAUAAUGAAGAAACUGACGCAGCACUAGUAAAAAUUACCAAACGAAGUCCACGUAAAGGCGCCUUCAUCACCUGUCAGCGUCGUGACCUUAAAGAAGCAGGAUUUUCUCGUACAAUAGAAUACAACGAUGGGUCUGUAUCAAGUUUAGAAGCAGCAUUUCGGCGGAAUGUUGUGAAAAUUGGCAAAACCACGAAACUUACUUUAGGACAGUGCUGUCUCGAAGAAACGGCGGUAAAGAUUUCCUCGGAAUCGAUAACUGCAACACACCCUUUAACACGUGAACGGAGUUCAAUAAUUAUGAAAAACCUGUUUUUCAUCGGUGGAUUUGGUAACAAAUCUUUUUCUGACGACGGUGAUUCAGGUGCUGGGGUGUUCCUUGUAGGGGAAAAUAACAGACUAUCUUGUAUAGGGAUGGUCAUUGGCAAGACAACAGACGGUUACUGUAUUGCUAUUCCAAUUCAGAAAAUACUUGACAGGUUGUCAAGAACAAGUUAUACCAACCUCGACAAUUUAAAAGUUACAAUGAAAACGUUUGAUGAUUAAAUGAGAGGUGAACAUACGUAAACGACAGAUAUUUGACUAUGCAAUGAACUGAGAUACUUGUGGUUUCAAGCUCCUAUUUAGAAAUGUAACAGGAGGCUUGAAACUAAUGUGAUUUAAUUGAUACAUCAAAUAACCAGAAGUUUUAGGGCUAAAUUAAAACUGUAAGCAAAGAUCAAUGCACGGGUCUUCAACUUAGCCAGUAUUUAUAAAACUAUACUGUUUCAGCAGAAAAAGAUAUGUGAUAAAGUGAGUCUUACAUUCGUGUCUUUUUGUACUGAAUGAAUAAAAAUUAUAAAUGUUCGGCAGUCUCGCAUUUUAUUCGAAUAGUAAAUAAGUAUAAAAAAGAUUGUCCCGUAAACUUCUCAAUGUUUUGAAUUAUUUUACAUAUUGUUAUCAUAUUAUAUACCAUAUUUUCACUAAAAGAAUAUGAUGAUAUACGGUAGUAAUUUGGAGUAAACACAAAAUGUUAUUAAAGCAAUUCAAAAAAGGAUCAAAGUUGAUACAUAAUAAAAAUAUAGGCAUGAACGUAUCUAUAUGCUGAUGUACACAAAGUAACAAUAAAAAAUCAUUUUAGAAAAGCAUGACUAAAGAAGGACAUACAAAUUGCCUAUACAUAAAAGGGAUCGUAAAUGUGAUAUGUCUGUUCACUUUUCUAAUAAUAAAGAAUAAAUAUUAUACUACA